GUACAACACUCCAGUCAUUCCGCUCCGCGCACCCGCGAGUCCCGUUCGGUGUUCCCAGCAAAUCGGCACUAACGGAGCUACCAGGAGCUUUCAGACAAAAAACCACGGGAAAAUAAACAUUCCAGACCGUUCUCUCAAUAGCGCGGCAGAUACAUAAUAUUGUUGCUGAAUAUACCGGGAAUGACUAGGGUGGAAGUGAGCUUUGAAACGGCGUGCUCAGACAGAACCCAACAUGGCGCUGCGAGAUACGACCAAGCUGAAUUAAUUUCUGGAGUCCGCGGUGCGGACCUCGCCACCUGUAUCCUUGCGCACUGCUAAACGGUACGUUACCACGCCAACGGGACGUUCUAUAGGUCAAACGGAUAACUGGAAACCGUGUUUCUAGCGAUUUUUCAAACAAAGUCGAAUUGAACAACAUUUUCUUGUGUGGAAACCUAGUGACAUUUCACUCUGAAAAAGUAUUCUGAAAAUAACACGCUGAGUGUUAAGGAACCACUAUCAUUAAGUUUAAUUGAAUGAGAAGUAAAUAACCAUCAAACAACUAUUCUGCUUAUUUACAUCCAACUGUUUGAAUAUUCACCGGCCCGGGAUGUCUAUAUAUUUUUAAGGAAAAUCGUAGUCUACUGCACGGAUAUUUGCUCAAAGCCUGAAAGAACUUGGAAAAACAGGAAAAGGGCGUCAAGUUGCAGGCGUUUGGAAAUAGCGGUUGUUGACCAGAGUGGUGGUCGGUUGGAGGUGUUGUAGGACAGAUGAGGGAAUGACAUGCUCUCCGCUACACCAAUGUACGGAACGGUUCCCCCAUGGAUGAGUCGCGAGAGGGCCCAAAUGUGCGGCUUGGUCAUGGAAGAGAGGAGAGAACCUGUUAGUGAUGCAGAAACCCAGAGAAACCAGGAUUUAAGGGAAGCGAAUCACAUCACACAAAGCAUGGUGGAUGCUAGGUUAACUUCUCUGGCUGCCGUCGGACUGGACCGGAACACACUCCUGCGAGACGGCCGCCUGCAUGGCGGAGUGGUUUACCCAGGGAUCCGAGCAUUAUCGACAGAGAAGUCCCGCGAAAGGGCCCUCCCUCUGAGCUAUGGCCGAGAGGGCCUUCCAGACCUCCUCUACAAGCCAGAGGUCUCGAUGGACAGGAGCAAAGCCGCCAACGGCUAUAUGGGCCUGUACAAGAGCCCUCCACCGGGACUCCAGAGGGGGCCAGAGGCGCUGGGGCUGGACAGGAGAAGUGUAGCUGGGGAGAAGCCAUCAGAACUGGGCUUGGGGGGUGCUAGUGUGGGAGCAGGUGGUUUCUUGCAUCUGCCCUGGGGGCUGGGUCCGGGGCUGUACCCCGAAGCAGGCCUGUACCCCUUCAUGGAGUCCUCCAAGUACCUCAGCAUGUACAAGGCCCAAUACCUCAGCCAAACCGGACCCUACCUGCCACAGCACCUGGCCUACCAGUCUCUCUGUGCCCCCCAGGGGGCUUCCUCCGCCGCCGAGAGGCUCUACUACAUGGGCCCCUACCCCCCCUCCCCCAUGGCCUCCCCCUUGGUGGGCUCUCCCAUGAGGAUCCCGGCUGUAUCCGUGGCCCCCACCUCCAUGGUACACUGCCAGGAGAAGGGGCUGAGUGGCAGCUCUCGAAUCCAACAUGAAGGCACUCCUUUCGGACAACAGCUCCACCAGCCUCCCCCUCUUCCGGCCCAGCACAUUCAGCCCCCCCACACAGAGCGAGACUGCCUUCCCAGUGGGAGCAGUAAGCCCACUGGACCCCCGUCCAACAAAGGAGCCAGUAACAGCAGUGUUAGCAGCAGUGGUGGGGGGAGGAGUAGUGGGAGCCUUCCCAUUGAUUCCUCCCCUCACGCCUCCUCUCGCCUCCCCCAGCCUGCUCCUCACCAGGCUCCGCCUCUCGUUGAAAGCACCUUAGACCUACAGAGGCCAGUCCCUCGAAUAGCAACUUCCUCCACCUCAUCUUCUCCUUCCUCUUCUUCUCCGUCCUCCUCUUCUUCCCAGUCGAUGCCCCACCCAUUCUAUGCGAGCAGCCUGGCCCCAGAGCACCCAUCCCCUGCCCGUCCCAGCCCCCACAAACCUAGAGCCAGACCUGGGAGCUGUGAGAGGAGACCCAGUCAGUCCCCUUCCAAACUGUCCUCUGAGCAACCACCCCUGCAAAACCAGCCUUCAACUACCAAAGACCCAGCUGACCCAAAGCCCCUCGACCUCUCUGGAAGGCUGCUGGAGUUUGGCUUACCUCCCAAUGGCUUUCCUGUUAAGAUGGAGGCUCUGGGAUCUCCAGGGCCUCGGUAUGGACAUCUCCCCUGCAGGGAGCUCCUGAAGGAGACCCUCUCACCUCCCUCCCACUCUCCAUCAGGGGUCAGCAGCACUUCCUCCAAGGCCCAAGAGAGGCCAGAGAUGAUCAGCACUUUGCACUCCUCCUGGAUGGUGCCCUCCCCAACAAACACCUCCUCCCUGGGGUCCAGCCAUGCACAUCCCCGCCCCACAGCCCAGUCCCCAUCCUCUAGGGCUGGCCCAGGUGCCCAGGGGAAAGGCUCUCCUUCUGUCAUCAAACACAAGGCUCUGGAAAGAGUAAUUUCCCAGGCCCCACCUCAGGCCUUGCCCCAGCAACGCAACCCAUCUUGUCCUAAGGUGGUAGAGCCCAAUACUACCCCGAUACCUUCCAAUCACAAUCAUGCCUCCACAAUGCCCCCAUCCCCAAAACACAAUAAUGAGUGGCCGAAACACAGCCCUAGCCAAGCAGAAGGGUCCCCCAUGACUGGCCAUCUCAGGAGCUCCACUGAGAAACCCCUCAAAGCCCAGAAAAGGGCUGAGGCAUCUCAGGAGGUUUCUCCAUUUAACAAACGUCCCUGUCUGGAAAGUGCUAAUGGGCACCCGCCAAGCCACAUCUACCUGCCCCAGAGCGAGGGCUAUCUACCUCCUGGCCUGGCCUAUGCCAGCCGAUACUACUCUGUACCAGACAGCAUGGCCCUCCACUCUCUCCCUCUGCCAGGCAAGGGCCCUACCUACCCUCACCCAGUCCUGCUGGGCAGUAGCAGUCUGUACCCCUCUCUUCCCGCAGCCAAACACCCCACGCCAUACCAGAGCCAUGUAGAGGAGUAUCUCACCUACAACUCCCAGGAAAUGGUCCACCCUCUGAUGCAAACAAGCUCAGAGUCCCAGACCCAGGAGCGGACAGAGUCCCAGACCCAGGAGCGGACAGAGUCCCAGACCCAGGAGCGGACAGAGUCCCAGACCCACGAGCGGUCAGAGAAAUGGCCCAAGUCCCACACAAAGCUUGAUAAAGAGACAUUGGAGCCGGGAGGGAGCCAGCCCAGGAUCCCCUCCAAGGACAGGAUUGUUUGCAUUGAUCUAGUCCACUCCGACACAGAUGGGGAGUCCACUCCGACCAGCAACAAGAUGCCACACCCCAUCGUCAUCCCAGUCACCAGGGGCAACCAACAGAAGGUUGGCCAUGGCGAACAAAACACAAGGGACUUAGAACACGAGCCAAAACACCAACUGCACCGUCACCCCCGCCAUCAUCACCACCCCAGCCCAACUUCCAUCCUCAGAAACAUCCACUCAGACAGACUCCCAGACACCCCCUGUCUGAAAGUCUGGACUCUCCAGGAGACAAGCUGUUUGGAACGCCAGGGCCCCAUGGGGCAGCCGGAACGCCAGGGCCCCACGGGGCAGCCGGAACGCCAGGGCCCCACGGGGAAGAUGGAAUGCCAGGGCCCCACGGGGAAGAUGGAAUGCCAGGGCCCCACGGGGAAGAUGGAAUGCCAGGGCCCCACGGGGCAGAUGGAACGUCAGGGCCCCACGAGGCAGAUUAGUCAGAUCAAGGAGGGCCCUGAGGACCAAAGCCCUUCUUCAGACCCAGGGGACCUGGGGGAGCAGGACCAGAGUACCCUGCGCUGUGCCCGAACGUCUGGCGACCGCACGUCUGGCAACCCCGCAUCUGGCAACUCCACAUGUGGAAACCCCAAUUCUGACAACUUCACAUCUGGCAACUCCGCAUCUGGCAACCCCAAAUCUGCCACCCUCCAGCCUGUUGACCGCAGGUCUGGAGAACGUACAUCCGGAGUUUGUAGCCAUAUUUCUGUAGACCACACUGCUCUAAAUCGUGAACGCAUGGGAAGGGAUUGCACAGCUUCUUGCGACAACGUGUCCGGUGAGGGGAGAGUGGAGCUGGACAGACGAACUGUCCCCCACUCCAUUCAUCACUACAUGGACUUGGGAAAAGAGAGAGAGAAUGAAAGAGAAGGAGGGAGCAUUGGGGAUACGGAGGAGUCCCAUGGAGAGGGGGAUGAGGAAGAAGAGGGUGGAAGGAGAGGGUCACGAAGGACAAGUCUGACCAAAAGGAUUGCAAACUCCUCAGGUUACGUGGGUGACCGCAUCAAAUGUGUCACCACUGAGCUGUAUGCAGACUCCAGCAAGCUGAGCCGGGAGCAGCGCGCCCUGCAGAUGGAAGUCAUAUCACGAGAGGAGGGUAAUAUAAGCCGACCUGCAGCUAACUGGGAGCGGGCAAUGAUGCGGUUCUCCGAGCUGGAGCUGAAGGAGUGUGGGGGUGUGUGUGUGUCUGCAUCAGUGGCAGGACAGGAGUUGGCAGACUGCCAGCAAAGAGAGAGAGAUUGGGAACACUGCCAACUCUCCGCCAGGGAGGGUGGAAGGCCGACCUAUGGGAACAACAGAGUCCCAGUCCUCCAGAGGUGUGGGGCCCAGAGGGAGGGCCGGUCCCCGGGACAGGAGCCCAGAGAGGGGGCUAGAAGUUGUGUCAGAGAGGGUGAGGUUGGGCAAUGUCCCGCCCCUCUCUUGGCAUCGGCAGACAGGCACUCGAAGGAGGAGGAAGCGAAAGGCAUUGCAGCCGCUAGGAAACACACACACACACACACAGACACACACACACACACAGACAGACGCACACACACACACACAGACAGACGCACACACACACACACAGACAGACGCACACACAUACACAGCUUCCCAGACAAAGAGGACAACCAGAAGGAUGGACAGAAAGGCCCAGACAAGACAGUCAGGAGCAUGUCAGAUGUUUGUGUGCUGCGGAGUGGUGACCAACCAAAGACUCCUACACUGAAUGAGAAUGAUGAUGAUGAAGAUGUAAGGAAACUGAAGGUGUGUAUCGAGCUGAAGGGACUGUGCCUUCGUAAGCCCACUGCCACCUCCCCUGAGAGGCCAGAGGUCAAAGAGGAGAGGACAUGGUCAUCACAUCACAGCCCCUCCCCACUGCCCCGGCCACCUCCCCCGGCCCGGACCGUAGCCCAAGCCCCGCCCACACGAGACAGGGUGUUCAAGGUGGAACCGGAAAUGAAACCACUGGUACAGAAGCCAGAGAUCACCAAGAGCUGGGCCAGGGAGAUGCUGGCUAACGGCGAUGCAAAACGAGUCGGUCUGCUCCCGUCAGCCCAGCCGAGGCCCCACCUCAUGGGGUCACACUUUGACCGGGGGUCCAAGGAGCCCAGGAGAGGAGGAGGACUGGGGCCAGGGUCAGGGGUGGAGACUGAGGGGCACUGCCCCGCCCCCAUCGAUUCCCCCGCCGGAGAUGCCCCUCCUCUCAAGCUCCGUCGCCAUGGUGACCCAGACAAGCCCAAGGGCAAGCGGCCAUGUAAAACCAAACACACCAGCCAGAGGGAGAAGGAGAGGGAGUGGAGGAGGGAACAGCUGAACAGUAGAAACAACCAGCGUGGAACCACAGGUCUGGGAUCAGCUCUGGAGGACAAGAUCAGUGAGCAACGACCCUCAUCUCCCCUACAACACACUGGCGCUCCGGUCAAGCCCUGUUCCCCCGCCAAACGGCCGCCCCCCCUGGCCUCCCAGGUGACGGGCGGUGGGACUAUCCACCCGGAGGGAGGGGGGGUGAGGAGACCCCCACCUGCUGCGGAGCCUCCCGUAGUUCGGCCCAUCCCCCCCGAGGCACGGAGACUCAUCGUGAACAAGAAUGCCGGGGAGACUCUGUUACAGCGAGCGGCGCGGCUCGGCUAUGAGGAGGUGGUGUUGUACUGCCUGGAGAACCGUGUGUGUGAGGUGAACCACCGAGACUACGCUGGUUACUGUGCCCUCCACGAGGCCUGCGCCCGCGGCUGGAUCACCAUAGUUUCACACCUGCUGGAACACGGCGCCGACAUCAACUGCAGUGCCCAGGACGGAACAAGGCCUCUGCACGAUGCGGUGGAAAAUGACCACCUGGAUGUAGUGCGUGUGUUGCUGUCCUAUGGAGCGGACCCCACCCUGGCCACCUACUCUGGCCGCAGCCUGCUCAAGAUGACCCACAGCAACAGCAUGGAGAGAUUUCUCAAUGAUUAUUUUGCUGAUUUGCGUGGCCGCUCUGAUGAUGACCCAGAGAUCUCCUGGGAUUUCCACGGCAGCGCUGUGUGUGAGUGUAUGGAGGAUGUUGGUGUGUGUGACAUUUUGGCAGACCCCCCAGGACCAGAGGAGGAUGACGAGGACAGGAGGGAGCUCUUUGAGUUUGAGUUCUCUGACCGACCCCUCCUCCCCUGUUACAACAUCCAGGUGUCCCUCUCACAGGGGCCCAGGAACUGGCUGCUCCUCUCAGAUGUCCUCCGGCGGCUGAGGAUGUCAGCCCGUUCCUUCCGCUCCUCCUUUCCCCGCAUGGAGAUUGUGACGAUGGCUGAGGCAGAGUUCUACCACCAGGCGUCUCUUUCCCAACUGUUCUCCAGCCCAGACGAGCUGGAGGCCUUCCAUCCAGACAGCAAGGAGCUGCUGGACUUAGUGGAGGGCAACGCUGAGCUCGCAGCCCUGCUGGGCUCAACCCUGGAGUGCCUAGACGAUCGCUGGGAAGACCCACCAGAGGCUAGCGCUAACGUUAACACAAAGGCUAAUGUAAAUGGGAACAUUAGGGCUAUGGGUAAUGCUAAUGUUAAUGCUAAGGCUAAUGUAAAUGGGAACCUUAGGGAUUUCGCUAAUGCUAAAAGUAAUGCUACCGCUAAGACUAAUGGUAGUGCUAAUGUUAAAGCUAAGUCUAAUUCUAAAAUCAACGCUAACAGAAGGUCGUGACCCCAGAUCCUGAACUUUGACCCCACCCUGGGAUCUGCGAUGGAACUCCUGCUCUGGACCGUUGAAUAGAUAGAGCAGCAGAGACUGAAUGUGUCUGUCAAUCAAGCCAAGAUAGAGAGGCAACUGUAACUUAACAAUGGUCUUAUUUUUUUAUAAAUGUAUUAAUAUAUGUAUAAAUAUAAAAUAUAUAAGGAAACAUUUUCUCAAUUUCUCUCCGGCCGUUGUCCAAGAGAGUGUGUGUGGUUGUUGUCAAUGAAUGGAUGGUUGUGUGUUAGGAAGUAUGUCAUAAGUUCAUGCCGUAGUGUAUAGAUGCAGUCUGAGCACUGAGGCUGCAGUUUUGAAUGUGACUUUGAAACUCGAGAUGAUAGGAAGCACAUGACGAUCUAUUUAACAGACUGACAUAGGUGCUCUGUUCACCCUCAGGGGCUGUUUUGUACCUGUGUUGUCAAUCUUCUAAUUUAGUCUCUAAUUUCCCUUGCUAAACUGCAGAGAGAUGUUUUUGUAAAAUAUGAAAGUUUUAAAGAUGAAGAGAAAUAUUUGACCUUCGGCACAGAGCUUGUACAUAACAGGGUGGCUAUCACGGUACAGUAACAGUUUUACUGUUUGGUGUUCUUUGUUUUAACUUUGUAAUUAAAAUAUUUCAUCAUUUGUAUUUAUAUUUUACAAAAAAUGCUUUAAAAUAAAUCUGAAAUUCUGCAGGAUAGAAGUCUGCGUGUU